AUGAUAGAACACAACGAUGCUGUAGAUAAACAUAAAGUUUUUGUUUAUAAUAUAAAAGGAAAUGAUUUACCUUUAUUAAAAAAAGAAUUUGAAAAUAUAUGUAAUAAGCAUUUUUUUUUUUCAAAUAAAAAUUUAAAAAGCGCAAUAUGUCAUUUUAAAAGCGAAAAGGAAGCAGAAGAUUUUAUUUCGAAAUAUAAUGGUUUAAAGGUUUACAACAGUGAUAUAAAAUGUGAAUUUGCAUUAAAAAAAAAAUGUGAACAUAAAAAGUUAGUUUCUAUUAUAUAUAAUCGUCAAAAAAUAAAGUAUUCUAAUUCUAUUCAAAUAUUCACUGAUUAUAAUUUGGACUGUAUUCAAAUAUUAAGUUUUUUGAAGAGUAUUUUUUUAAAGAAUAAAUUAUUUAUACUAAGCUUUUUAGAUGAUGUAAAAAAUGAAAUGAAUGAUGAAAAGAAAAAUUCUAAUGAAAAUGAAGAUUCUGAAAAUAGUAUUGAAAUUGUGGUAGACAAAAAACUUAAAAAUUUUGAAGACAUAAUUAUAAAUAUUAAGAAGGAAAAUAAAAAUAAUAAUAUAACAAAAAAAAAAGAAUUAAAAAGUCAGUUAAUAAAUAAUAAAAAUAUAAAUAACUAUUUUGUUUAUACAAUUGAGUUUAUAACUUUAAAAUUAGCUUCUUGUUUUUUUAAAAUUAUCAAUAAAAAUGUUUUCGAAAAUUACUUAAAAGAAAAAUCGUUUGUUUUAAAAAAUAAUUUUUUAUUUUAUCACGAAUUAUGUUUUUUAAAAAGAAAUGAUAAAAAAGUUAUUUUAAAAAAUUUAAGUCGAACUUGCCAUAUAGAAAAUAUUAAAAAAUUAUUUAAAAAUAUUGACAAAAAUAUUAAGAUAUUUUUUCCAAAAAAAGACAAUAAAAAGCAAGGUUGUGCAUUUGUAUACUUUUCAAAUAAAAAAAAUGUCCAGAAAGCCUUACUUUUAAGUAAUUCAAAAUUAUGUGGAAAUAUAAUCAGCAUUGAAAGAGUUAAUAACAACUUGGACUUUUUAAAUAAUUUUGAUGAUAAUAAAGAAAAUAAAAAUUUAAUUACGAAAGAAGAUAAAAUGAAGAACAAUGAAAAGCAUUUUAAUGAAGAUAAUAAAAAUGAAAAUGACGAAAACGAAAAUGAAAGUGAAGAUGACGAAAAUGAAAUAGAAGAUUUCGAAAAUGAAAUAGAAGAUGAAAAUAAGGAAAACGAAGAUGAUGAUAUGGGAAGUGAAGAUGACGAUAAGGAAAAUGAAGAUGACGAAAAUGAAAUAGAAGAUGACGAUAAGAAAAAUGAAGAACAUAAUAACAUAAAUGAAUAUAACGGUAAUGAAAAUGAUAUCGAAGAGGAUAUAAAAUAUUCGGACAAAAAUACAAGAAGACAUAUGAAUGAUGUUGAUGAAGGAAAAACAUUAUUUAUAACGAACAUUCCUACAGAUACAACUAGUGAAGAAAUUAAAAGUUAUAUAGAAAAUAAUAUAAGCAAUAAUUAUAUAUAUAUUAAAACGUGUAGAAAUAAUAAUAAAAGAAUAUCUGUAUUUGUAAAAUUAAAAUAUAAAAAGGAUGCAGAUCAAUUUUUAAGAAAAAUUGGAGAACUUGAAGAAGAAGAAAAAGAAAGUGAUAUAGAGGAAAACGUAAUUGAAAAAUUUUAUAAAAUGGAAAAAAGAAAGAAAAAAGAAAAAAUGAAAAAAAUAUUACUUAAAGAUAGUUGUAAAAAUGUAAAUUCGGAAUUUUUAUUUUUCAAAAAUAAUUAUUUAAUGAUUAAAAGAGCUGUUAGAAAAGAUUUAAUAAAAGAUAAAAAGAAAUUUACUAUGGAUAAAAAAAAGGAUAAAAAUAAAAUGGAUAAUAAUAUUCAUUUAAUAUAUGACAAUAAUGUAAAUAAUGAGAAUUUAAGUGAAAACAUAGUUAAAAGAAAUAAAAAACUAAUGGAAAAAAAAAAGGAACUUUUGAAAAAUAGAAAUUUUUUAAUUAAUCCAUGUAGAAUAUAUAUUAGAAAUUAUCCAGCAAUGUUAGAACAAAACACAUUUCGUCAACUUAUAACAAAAUAUUUUACACCUAUACUUAUGAAAAAAUAUAAUAUAAAAAAAAAAGAAGCAUUUAAAAAAUCAAAUGAAAUAAUUAAAAAAAUGAAAGUAGUUAAAGAAAAUGUAAAUAAAGAUAAAAAUAUAGAAAUUGAAAAAACAAAGAAUAAUAAAAAUAUUAUAUGCUUUAUAGAUAUUAAUAAACAUGAGAAUGCAAAAAUGUUAAUUAAUUUUUUACAAAAUAAGAAUAUAUACGAAUUAAUUAAUGAAGUAAUUUACAAAAAAAAAUUUCAAACAAUUAGAAAAAAUAAAAAUAUUAUUUAUGUGGAUUACUGCAUAGAGGAUGUAAGAAUGCUACAUAUAAAAAAGUUAAAAACUGAAAAGUUCUUAAAUCAUUUAAAAGAAAAAAAUAUAAAUAUAAAUACAAAAAAAACCAUAAAAAAAAAAAAAAAAAAAACAAGUAGAGGAAGAAGACAAAGAGAAAAAAGAAGAUUAUUAAAAUUGCAGGCAAAUAAAACAAAUAUUUCUAAUGUAAUUCAGAAUAAAUUUGUAAACGAAAAAACACAACAAAAAUUCUCAAAUAAAAUAAAUAAUAAUAGUAAUAAUAAAAAUGAACUAAAUAAUAAGAGAAAAUUUAAUUCAUUAGAAAAGAAUAAUAACGAAAAAAAUAAUUCAUAUAAAAUAGCGAAUAACCAAAAAAAAAUUACACCAAAAAAAGAUGAUAAUAUGAAGAAAUUAAAAGUAAAAAAAAGGAGUAAACAAACAGACACUAAAAAAAAUAAUAAUGAAAUGAAAUCGAUAAAGAAGGAUGUUUUAAAGUUUCUUAAAAAUUUAAGAAAAUAA